UUCUAAUCGGUUCGCCGGGUUCGGUCAGCCAGAAGUGUGUAACUUUGAAAGGGUAAAAGCAUUCUACUGCUUUCAGUUCGCUUUGCCUCGUCGUGUUGUGCACGAGUGCGCGUUCCCAGUGGAGCAGCUACCCAAAACGAACACGAAAUCGAUUCCGUCCAAGUGUUGGCUCAGCGCUUUAUUUUUCAAGAUCACUGAGAAUAUUGCAUGCUCCAUAGUCUCGUGUGUGUGUGGCUGGUUUGGCGCGUUUACAUAAAUCACCGAGCUGCAUAAAGCUGAAAUUUUGUUUGUGUAAAGUUGCCCAGCUGUGGCGUCCACACAGGAAAAAGCUCCACGUUUGCGAGUCGGUAGUGAUUCAGACCAAUUCGACACUCACUCGCAUUACGAUCGCUUAAAAUGCAAUUUCUUAAUAGGCUCCGGAAGGGCGUCAACAAAGAAUUGCAAAAGCAAAAUUUCGGCUUUGAAUGCAGUCACGUGCAUCUCUUCUACAAAUCGCUGUGGCAAAAGAAUGAAGUCAGCACAAUUUACUUGCUGUAUCGUUGGAUAUGGGCGUUAUUGUCUCUGGGCGUUUACAUCACUUGCAUCAUUAUGCAAUUCUGCGAUGGCAAAUUUUUUAUCUACAUGACCAACUGGGGCUUUGGUCUGAUCACGAUCACCAUGCUGCUCGCCGCCGUGCAUGUCACACGCUGGCAUUUCGAUCUGCAGAAUGUGCGGAGUCUGGUACAAGAAGCGGGACAGAAGGCUAGCACAACGUCCGGCCUGAAGAUCUAUUGGUGGCUCCACAAUAUGUCACUGCUCAUGGCACUGGUCAUCUCCACAGUAUACUGGAUAUUUCUAAAUGGACGCAUGAACAAGCCAACACGUUUUCCGGCAAUCAGCGUGAUAACGCAUGCCCUGAAUAGCAUAUGUAUGCUGAUCGAUUUCCUAAUCGUGGCAUUUCCACUGCGAUUGCUGCAUAUGGUACAGACCAUGUGCAUGGCCAUAGCAUUCUUCUUGUUCACCCUCAUCUAUCACAUUUGUGGUGGCACCGACGAAUUCGGCAAUCCCUAUGUUUAUCCCAUACUGGACUGGCAUAAUCCCAUGCGUUGUCUGGUGACUUUUGUUGGCAUUUUUCUGAUGAUCAUCUGCUUUUGGCUGCUGCUCUUUGGCGUUCAUAAAAUGAAGCAGGUCUUCAAUAGGGCCUUCAGCAUUGUCUGGACACCCCAUGCAGUGGGCCUCAUAUGAGGUUAGCCCCUGUCUUCAGCACUGACUAUUACACCAUCACACAACUGCACUCACAUAGUUUUAAGUAGUACCGCCCGCAUUUUGUUGUAAUUUUCAUUUAGUUACAUACAUUACACACAACACACACACACAAACACACACACUAGCAUUUAUUUAUAUCAAUUCGUAGCUGUACAGACUAAAUUAUUGUUAUUUAGUAAGUACCGGCUAUGCGGCUAGACUAAGUUUUUGCUGGUUCCUUUAUGCCAAAGCAACAUCCUAUUGCUCUGGCAAUAUUUUAAUUGUGUAAACAAUUGAAUAAAGCCUGUUACUAUGGAAUCCAUAGUAGAAAGAAAUUGUUGAAAAAAUAACAAGAGCACAACGCUGCCAAAAUUUGAUCGAAUCAAA